GACAGUUUCAGCCAAAGGUAGUUCACUGUAUCUUUGAUCAGAUAAGAAUCAAAAGUUAUGUAAUGAGUGAAGUGGCUGAAGUCACUUCUGAUCUUCGGAGACCUACUGUAGGAGGGGACUGAAACAGAAUGGUUGGUUUGCUGCACAGGGAUUAGUGGCAUUCACGCAAGCAGCAGUCCAGAUGACACUCGUGUUUGUUUACGGGACGCUAAAGAAGGGCCAGCCCAACUACUUCAGAAUGCUGGACCCUGCCAAUGGGAAGGCUUCCUUCCGUGGUCGAGCCAGCACCGUUGACAAGUUCCCUCUGGUGAUCGCCGAGAAAGGCAACGUCCCGUUCCUUUUGAACAUCCCUGGACAGGGCCACCACAUCCAGGGGGAGGUCUACGCUGUCGAUGACGAGAUGCUGGCAUUUCUGGACCAUUUUGAACGCACCUCUGACAUGUACCAACGGACCCUGGUAAAGCUGAAGGUGGAGGAGUGGGCGGAGGAGGCUGGGGCUAUGCGUAGUCCAGGGAGUACAGUGGAGGCUUUCACGUACAACACCACCGCCUACAAGCCGGAGUGGUUGCAGUUGCAGACUUAUGAGAAUUAUGACUCCAAUGGUGAUCAUGGUUUAGUGUUCACCACUCAUCUUUAGGAACUGUUGAUUAGCUUUGUUUGAUUAAAUGAAACCUGUACAAUCACAUCAUCAAGACUUCCUGUGGCAUUGUAUUCUAUACUACUGCAGUGUAUUUUAUACCACAGGUUAGCUUGAAUGAUUACUGCAUACUGUACUUGGAUGAAGACAUUUAAAAUGUUUUUUUUUUUUUUUAAAUACUGUUCCUGUCGGUCACCCUGUCCAUAAGUGCUUGCUGUUACUACUCCUGCUUCAGUUGAGAUUUGGAUGAGAUGGGGACAAACAACUUUUAUAUUGAAUCAAUCCAUAAACCAGGUAUUGCUAAAGUCAUUUGAGUAUAACUACAUGUUCUGCUUUCUUGAAUAGGAGGUGCUGAUAAUCAAAUAAGAAAGCCUGCAUCUGUCUCUUGGUUAAGAGUGUUUUGCUGUGAUUGUUCUGUGUCCACUUGAUUAUGAGAACAUAAAAAUACUCAAAUGCAAAUUAUUUGAAUAUGUUGUAAUUAAGUAAUAAGUACAAACUACUGCAGUAAAUAGGAAUUAAAUGGUGUUGUAGUUAAGUUAGUGUCCAGAAUGGUACUUUACUCUUUUACAUGCAGUGUUAUACUGUAUGUCUACUUUGGUACAGAAAAGACAAGGAGACACACACACACGCA